CACGGAAAGCUACAGAACUCAUGAGGUAGCAUUAGCUCCUCUUAGAAGGUAGCUUGAAAACAGGUUUGGUGUUUUCAGUGAAAAUGUCUUCAGUUCAGCCUCAGAGAGAGUUUAUCAACGAGCAGGUAACUCCUGCUGAAGAAACAUUCACAAAGCCGAAAGAAAUCAACGUUAAGAUCGAGGAAGAGAUGGAGGAUCAGCGCAGACUGAUGGAUUUUACUCGGAUACCGAAGAUCAUUUUACACCGGAUAGAUCUCCCACAGUGCUGGGUGUGUAAACAGGAGGAGGAUCUGAAUGAAUUCAGCAACCAGGAGAGGAAGUCCACUUCAGAUAUCGAAGAACCAGAACAUCAAGAGUUCAAAGAGGAAGAGAAGCAACUCUGCAUCAGUCAGGAUGAAGAGCAGCUUGUGCUGAAACAGGAGACUGAUGACAUUUUGGUGAUUCCUCUUAAUAUGCAAAGAAUCCACAAUGAAACAGAACCACAGAGGAACCAACUCAUCUCUCAUGACUCUGCUGAGGAUGAGAACCAGGAUCAGGAAGGAAACACUUCUGAAGACCCAGGAAAAAAGAGAGACGAAGAACAGAAACUAAAGGAGAAAUAUGAGAAAACCAAAGAGCAGAAAGGAAGAACUGACACUGAAAAACAAAAAAUGCGCAAGAAUGAUCAUGCAGAGAAAAAAAUAUAUUCUUGUAAAAUUUGUGAGAAAACGUUUUAUCAAAACAAUAACUUGACGAAACACAUGAAAACUCACACAGGAGAAAAGCGUUUCUCUUGUUCAACCUGUGGAAAAAGUUUCACACAAAAAGGACAUUUAACUCAACACAUGAGAAUUCACACAGGUGAGACGCCGUUCUCUUGUGGGACUUGUGGAAAGAGUUUCGCCCAUAAGGGCAGUUUAAAUGUUCAUAUGAGAAUUCACACAGGUGAGAAGACUUUCUUUUGUGGGACUUGUGGAAAGAGUUUCAGUCAUAAGGGCAAUUUACAUGUUCAUAUGAGAAUUCACAAAGGUGAGAAGCCUUUCUCCUGUGGGACUUGUGGAAAGAGUUUCAGUCAUAAGGGCAAUUUACAUGUUCAUAUGAGAAUUCACAAAGGUGAGAAGCCUUUCUCCUGUGGGUCCUGUGGAAAGAGUUACGGUGUAAAAGGGACGUUAACUCAGCACAUGAGAAUUCACACAGGUGAGAAGCCUUUCUCCUGUGGAACUUGUGGAAAAAGUUUCUCUAAAAAUAGUCAUUUAACUGUUCAUAUGAAAAUUCACACUGGUGAGAAGCCUUUCUCUUGUGGGACCUGUGGAAAAAGUUUCAGGAUCAAAGGCCAAUUAAAUAAACAUAUGAGAAUUCACACAGGUGAGAAGCCUUUCUGUUGUGGAACCUGCGGAAAAAGUUUCCAUCGAAGAACGACUUUAACUUGUCACAUGAGAAUUCAUACAGGCGAGAAGCCUUUCUCAUGUGGGACCUGUGGAAAAAGUUUCUCUAAAACAGGUCAUUUAAAUGUUCAUAUGAAAAUUCACACUGCUAGGAGGCCUUUCUCAUGUGGGAGAUGUGGAAAAAGUUUCAACUAUAAAAGCCAAUUAAAUGUACAUUCAAGAAUUCACUCAGAAGAGAAGCCUUUCUCAUGUGGGACCUGUGGAAAGAUAUACAGUGGAAGAAGUACUUUAACUAAGCACAUGAGAAUCCACACAGGUGAGAAACCUUUCUCAUGUGGGAGCUGUGGAAGAAGUUUCUCUCGAAAAGAUAAAUUAAAUAAUCAUAUGAAAAUUCACUCAAGUGAGAAGCCCUUCUCUUGUGGGGCUUGUGGAAAAUGUUUUACUCAUAAGGACACUUUAAAUGUUCAUAUGAGAAUUCACACAGGUGAGAAGCCUUUCUCCUGUGGGACUUGUGGAAAGAGUUUCAGUGAAAGAAGGACGUUAACUCAGCACAUGGGAAUUCACACAGGUGAGAAGCCUUUCUCUUGCGGGACUUGUGGAAAAAGUUUCACCUGGAAAACAACUUUAAAUGCUCAUAUGAGAAUUCACACAAGUGAGAAGUCCUUCUGUUGUGGGAUUUGUGGAAAAUGUUUUACCCAAAAAGACACUUUGAAUGUUCAUAUGAGAAUUCACACAGGUGUGAAGCCUUUCUCAUGUGGGACCUGUGGAAAAAGUUUCAGGAUGAAAAAACUAUUACUUACACACAUAAAGAUUCAUGUGGGUGCCAAACAGUGACAUAUAGUGAGGUUUAUAGCUGGUGAGGCACUGACUUACGAUGUAUAAAUACAGACUACAUGUAUGUUAUUGUUUACAUACAGACAUUUUGCACAUGCAUACCAUGUUGGAGGACAAAAAGACCAUUCUUUUACAUGUCAUCCAUAGCUGCAUUAGCUGGAUGAAACUUAGAAAUAUAGGUUUUAUGGGUUGUUAUUAUGUUGCUGUACAGCAGUGGUCCCCAAAGUCGGUCCUUGAGGGCCGGCAUCCUGCAUGUUUUAGUUCUCUCCCUGGUUUAACGCACCUGGAUCAAAUGAUGGCUCUUUAGAAGGUCUAAGAAGAUCAUUGACACGGUGAAAAGGUUGUUGGUACUGCCAGGGAGAGAACUAAAACAUGCAGGAUGCCGGCCCUCGAAGACUGACUUUGGGGACCACUGCUAUAUAAUGUUUUAAAACUUGUUCAAUGUGCCCCGUUUUAACUUUGAGCCCCCGCCCCUUCAAAUGUCUCUUUACGGCCCUGUUGAUAUGUAAUGUGAGAUGUAUUAUUUUUACCCACGAGGUCAGUGCUUCUCAAUUCCAGUCCUCGGCCCCCCUGCUCUGCAUGUUUUAGAUGUGUCCCUAUUUCAGAGCAGUUGAUCCAAAUGAUUGCAUUACCUGUUCUGCAGGCAUCAAGUACUGCAGAAGCCUGUUAAUCACUCAUAGAUUAAAUCCUGUGUGUAGCAGCAGGGAAACACCGAAAACAUGCAGGGCAGGGAGGCCUGAGGACCGGAAUUGAGAAGCACUGCCCUAGCUUGGUAGUCCCCAGAGUGCUAAUGUUGUUAGCAGAUAACUUAGUUCUGAGUCCUGGACAGAAAAUGUGUUUAUUCACUGGGACUUCCAUGCUAAAAAAGGCUGAAUAAAUUAAAUACAACCUACCCAGCCUUUCAGUCACAGUGAGCUGUGACUAUUUCCCCUCUGUCUCUGAACAUGGGGUUUCUGUAGAGAGAUCUCGUCUGUGCCGGUCCAUUUAGGGCAUUAGCCUACUCUCUGUGAUCCAUUUUGCUCCGUUUUGAACCGGAGAAAUCCACUUCCUGACCACCAUCUGAAUUUCUUGCAGCAUCCGGGUCACAUGUCUGAAGCCCAGAAACAGAACUCUGUGAUGUUUGUUUGAAAUGAAAAAACCUCAAAUAUUAUUAAGAUCUGGUCAGAUUUUGAUUUAGAGCUAACAACAGACAGAUUUUUAUUUUCCCAAAUAUUUGAUCCACAGAAGUCAUUGUUAAAAUUCUGCUGUGAAAAUCUGUUUGUACAUGCUCUACAUUAUCAAAAAUAUUUUCUCACCCAUCCAAAUGAUCAGAAUCAGGUGAUCCAAUUCCUUUCCUGGCACAGGUGUAUAAAAUGAAGCAUGUAGGCAGACCAGAACCAGAUUAGUGUGACACAUGUUGUGAAAUAGAUGUUAAAGACGUUUAGGUUCUGCAACAGGAAACCAGGUUCAUAACAAUAUAUUGGUAUUUUAUACAGCUGCACAGUGACUUUUGUUUCUUAGCAGGGAGGAACUUCAGUUAAACACAUUUUGUUCCUUUGGGAGGCUUCACAGUGUUUUCCUCUGUUAUUUUAUAUUUCUAACAUAUUUGCUUUGUUUUUAAAUGAGUGAUUAAUAACAUCUCUUUUCUCAUGUACAUGUAUGAUGAUACCAGCAAAAUUAAUUACUUUGUCUUUGUGUCUUAAAUUAAAGUUGUCUUUUUACAUCUAGUCUCUUCAGUGACCUUUCAUGUUUUCACUUCUUUCUAUCGAAACUAGAAAUCUUUGUGUUGCUCUAAAAUAUAUGUAUUCAUCCAGUGUUUUACUUUAAAACUGAAUCACAACCUACAAAACUUCAACCUGAUGUAACAUUAGACUGUUUUACAAACUAAAAAGAUCAUACUGAAACAUUUUCAUUAAUGGAGACCUUUACAAUAUGGUUCUUUUGUAAGAAUAAAUACCUUUUGACAACUGACUCCAA